CAGGUCCUUAGUGCUGGCGGCGCGGGAGAAGCAGAUUGUGUUGACAUUUUGGAAUACUGCGGGGUGACAGUAUUUAUACUGUGGAGGAAUGGAUAUGAAGCAGCCAGAUUCCGAUGCCAUAACGUUCCCUUUCCCCUACCAGCCGUAUCCCAUCCAAGAGCAGUUCAUGACAGAGCUAUAUCGUGUUUUAGAGGCUGGUAAAGUUGGCAUUUUCGAGAGCCCAACAGGAACGGGCAAGUCUCUGAGCCUGAUCUGUGGCUCCCUGGCUUGGCUCAGAGACUUUGAUGAAAAGAAACGACAACAGGAGGCCGAAGUACUGUGUGCUGCUAAUGCUGAGCAGAAUGGGGAGCUGGGAACAAACACACAAUCCUCUUCUACAGAGCCUGAUUGGAUUAGCCAGUUUGUACAAAAGAAAGAGGAGAUGGACGUGAAAAACAGGAUAAAGGACGAGCUAGUAAAAAGAAAGAAAAGAGAAGAGCGUUUGGAACAGAUUCGACAUAAUGCACACCUGAAAUUUGCAUCCAAGAGGAAGAGGGAAGAGGAGGAUGAAGCUAUGCGCAUUCUGCAGAUCAGUAAGCAGAUGCUGAGCCCCGAAGGAAUGGGAACAGAACCGGCUUUGGAACAUGGAGAGGAAGAGGUUCUACUUGCUGACUAUGAAAGUGAUGAAGACACAAAGAAAAAAGCAGAGUUGGAGGACGAUGAUGAUGACCUUGAAGAAGAGCAUGUAACCAAGAUUUAUUACUGCAGUAGAACUCACUCGCAGCUCUCACAAUUUGUCCAUGAAGUCCAAAAGAGCCCUUUCUGUAAGCAGAUUAGGCUAGUAUCUCUGGGAUCACGGCAGCUGUUGAUUACUUGGCAAGGAUGCAGGUUGCCAAUCUUUAAGAACAUGUGUGUGAAUGAGGAUGUUCGCCGUUUAGGGACAGUGCAGCUAAUCAAUGACCGAUGCAUGGAGAUGCAGAAGAACAAGCACGAUAAAAAAAAUGAAGAGACAGACGGAAAGAAGAGGCGUGUUAGCCGACUUGUGUGUCCUUUCUAUUCUUACGAACAAAUGCAGGUCCUGCGUGAUGAAAUCCUAGUUGAGGUGAAAGACAUUGAGCAGCUGGUAUCAAUGGCCCGGGAGGCAAAAGCUUGUCCAUACUAUGCCACUCGCUAUGCUAUACCUGCUGCCCAGUUGGUGGUAUUGCCAUACCAGAUGCUUCUACAUGAGUCAACAAGACGGGCAUCAGGAAUUAAACUGAAGGACCAAGUCAUAAUUAUUGAUGAAGCCCAUAACCUAAUCGACACUAUUACCUGCAUGUACAGCUCUCAGGUAUCUGGGUCCCAGCUCUGUCAGGCUCACUCCCAACUGGCACAGUACAUGGAGAGAUACAGGAGUCGUUUGAAAGCUAAAAAUUUGAUGUAUACGAAGCAAAUUCUCUACCUGCUGGAAAAGUUUGUGAGGGUAUUAGGAGGUAAUGUUAAGCAGAAUCCCAACUUUCAGACUGUUUCCCAGGAAGGUACCACUUUGAAAUCUAUCAAUGACUUUCUGUUUCAUGGCCAAAUAGACAACAUUAAUCUAUUUAAGGUCCAGAGAUACUUUAUGAAGAGCAUGAUCAGUAGGAAGCUGUUUGGCUUUAUGGAAAAAUUUAGAGGGGCAGAGAGUCUCCCCAGCCAAGAGAGCCAAAAACCAAGAGGACUUCAACAAUACCUGCAAGAUCUACACCAAAAGACACAUAAAGGAGCCACAAGUGUCCCAGAGCUCCAUCAGGAAGGUGAGAAUGGACAAAUUCGUACUGCAUCUCCACUCAUGCAGAUUGAAGGCUUCCUGUCUGCACUAACAAAUGCCAACCAAGAUGGUAGAGUCAUCAUUCAGCAACAAGGUACGGUGGCCCAGAGCACUCUUAAAUUUCUUAUGCUUAAUCCAGCGGUGCACUUUGCAGAGGUUGUGAAGGAGUGUCGGUCUGUUAUCAUUGCUGGAGGGACAAUGCAGCCAAUAUCAGAUUUCAAACAACAGCUUCUCAUAUCAGCUGGUCUCAACCAGGACCGGAUUGUUGAGUUCUCUUGUGGUCAUGUAAUUCCUCCUGAAAACAUACUACCCAUAGUGCUGUGCACAGGACCAACCAAUCAGCAGCUGGAAUUCACUUAUCAGAAGAGAGAUUUGCCAGAGAUGAUGGAUGAGGUUGGUCGAGUCCUGACAAACCUGUGUAAUGUGGUCCCAGGAGGGCUUGUCUGCUUUUUCCCUUCCUAUGAGUACCAGAAGCGUGUUCAGGAUCACUGGGAGAAGACUGGGAUCAUAAAACGUCUGGGACUAAAGAAAAAGAUAUUUCAGGAACCAAAGAAGGCAAAUCAAGUGGACCAGGUUCUAGCUGAGUAUUCCAAAUGCAUCAAGCACAGUUGCCAGUCCGGGGGUCUUCUGACUGGUGCACUGCUAUUAUCUGUAGUUGGAGGAAAGAUGAGCGAAGGGAUUAACUUUUCGGAUUACUUGGGCAGGUGUGUUGUAAUGGUAGGCAUGCCAUAUCCCAAUAUACGAUCCCCAGAACUUCAGGAAAAGAUGUCGUAUCUGGAUCACACUCUGCCUAAGACAAAUGGUGUGUCCCCAGGAAAAAUCCUGAUUGAAAACCUAUGCAUGAAAGCUGUGAAUCAGUCCAUUGGGAGGGCAAUCCGACACAGUGGAGAUUAUGCCAGUAUUGUGUUAUUAGACCACAGAUACUCCCGUCCUGCAAUCCUCGGCAAAUUGCCCCAGUGGAUCCGCAGCAGCACAGAAGUGAAGACUUCAUUUGGAGCAGCUUUCGCAACAAUACGGAAGUUUUUUCAGCAGAAGAAAUUGAUUUCUGAGUCCAUUUCCUGAGCAGUUUUGAAUAACUGGAGAAGCUUUGGUCGCCGUCAGAAAGCAAAACCUCGUGUACAUAG